UGGUGAUGGGGAGAGGCGGGCCUUGGGAACCGUCUCAUGGUUGUGGGGGGCGGGGGGUAAAAAUGGCGGAGCUCAUGCUCCUCAGCGAGAUUGCGGACCCGACGCGUUUUUUUACAGACAACUUGCUGAACCCGGAGGACUGGGACUGCACCUUGUAUACCGGCCUGGAUGAAGUGGCUGAGGAGCAGACGCAGCUCUUUCGUUGUCCGGAGCAGGAUGUCCCGUUUGGCAGCAGCAUGCUGGAUGUGGGAAUGGAUGUCAGCCUCCCUGAACCCCCAUGGGACCCCCUGCCUAUCUUCCCAGAUCUUCAGGUGAAGUCGGAGCCAUCCUCUCCCUGCUCUUCCUCUUCUCUCAGCUCGGAAUCAUCACAUCUUUCCACAGAGCCCUCCAGCCAGGCCUCUGGUGUGGGGGAGGUGCUGGUUGUGAAGAUAGAGUCCUUGGCACCUCCACUCUGCCUCCUGAGAGAUGAUUCAACACCCCCAUUUGAAACCAUCCAUAUCAAUGUGGGCCCCACCUCUGAUAAUCCCUCAGAUGUCCAUACCAAGAUAGAACCUGUUUCUCCAUCUUCCUCCGUCAACUCUGAGGCUUCCCUGCUCUCAGCAGAGUCUCCCAACCAGGAUUUUAUAGGAGAGAUACUAGAAGUGAAGACAGAGUCUCCAUCCCCUCAAGAGUGUCUCCUGCAGGAUGUCCCAGGCCCCCCACCUGGAGCUUUCCAGAUUAGCAUGAGUCCAUCCCCCGAUGGAUCCUCAGGCAAAGCCCUGCCCACCCGGAAGCCACCACUGCAGCCCAAACCUGUGGUGAUAACCACUGUCCCAGUGCCACCCAGAGCUAUGCCUCCCAGCACCACCGUCCUUUUGCAGCCCCUUGUCCAGCCACCCCCAGUGUCCCCAGUUGUCCUCAUCCAAGGUGCUAUUCGAGUCCAGCCUGAAGGGCCGCCCCCGCCUGCUCCACGGCCUGAAAGGAAGAGCAUUGUUCCAGCUCCUAUGCCUGGGAACUCCUGCCCUCCUGAAGUGGAUACAAAGCUGCUGAAGCGGCAGCAGCGAAUGAUCAAGAACCGGGAGUCCGCUUGCCAGUCCCGGAGGAAGAAGAAAGAGUACCUGCAGGGUCUGGAAGCUCGGCUGCAGGCGGUGCUGGCUGACAACCAGCAGCUGCGCCGGGAGAAUGCUGCCCUCCGGCGGCGACUGGAGGUGCUGCUGGCUGAGAACAGCGAGCUCAAGUUAGGGUCUGGAAACAGGAAGGUGGUCUGCAUCAUGGUCUUCCUGCUCUUCGUUGCCUUCAACUUCGGGCCUGUCAGCAUCAGUGAGCCACCAUUGGCUCCUGUCUCUCCUGGGAUGAGCAGAGAGGCGCCUCGACCCCGGAGACACUUGCUAGAAUUCUCAGCGCAAUUGCCGGUUCAUGGGGUUGAAACCCUUAAGGGUUCCCAGGGCCCUGAGGAGUCCCAGCCCAGCCCUGAAGGCUGGCCAGGUUUCAGGAACCUGACAGCCUUCACCAGGGGUGCCAAGGAACUGCUGCUAAGAGACCUGGACCAGCUCUUCCUCUCCUCUGACUGCCGGCACGUCAACCGAACUGAGUCCCUGAGGCUUGCUGACGAGCUGAGUGGCUGGGUGCAGCGCCACCAGAGAGGCCGGCGGAAGCUCCCUCAGAGGGCCCAGGAGAGACAGAAGUCUCAGCUACAGAAGACAUCGCCUCCAGUUAAGGCAGUCCCCACCCAACCCCCCGGGCCCUUAGAAAGGGAUUCUGUAGGCCAACUGCAGCUGUAUCGCCACCCAGACCGUUCACAGCCAGAAUUCCUGGAUGCGAUUGACCGACGAGAAGACACAUUUUAUGUUGUCUCCUUCCGACGAGACCACUUGCUGCUCCCAGCCAUCAGCCACAACAAGACCUCUCGGCCUAAGAUGUCCCUGGUGAUGCCCGCCAUGGCCCCCAAUGAGACGGUGUCAGGCCGGGGGGCCCCUGGGGACUAUGAGGAGAUGAUGCAGAUCGAGUGUGAGGUCAUGGACACCAGGGUGAUUCACAUCAAGACCUCCACAGUGCCCCCUUCACUCCGAAAACAGCCGUCCUCAACCCCAGGCAAUACCACAGGUGGCCCCCUGCCAGCUUCCGCAGCUGGCCAGGCCCCCCAGGCCACCCAUCGGCCCCUCUACCUCAAUCAUCCCUGAUUUCUGCCUCUCAUACUGAUUUAGAACUUGGGGUGGGGGAGGAAUGACCAGGUGAGACUUUCUAAUUUCCCUGAUCCCUGGGCUUGGGCAAUUGGUGAAAGGACAGGGUGUGGGGUUAAGCACUUAUUUGGAGGAGGUGAGGGGGUUCACCUCUCUUUUCACCCCUUUUUGAAAUAUAGGGCUCUUCUCAUUUUUCUGAACCCCCAGUCCCUGCUUCUUUCUUUGAGGGUAUUGAGUGAGGGUAAGGUUUGGGGUGGAUGGGCUCUUGAUUCUUUUGCUUCUCUGUUUUGGGGGUGGAGGUGGGAAUUUAGUCCCCAGGAGGGACAAGGAACAUUUUUGCAUUUUGGAGCUUGUUACUGGGAAUAAAGGAAGGGUGGUAGAGGGAGAUCAGAUUUAUGUAUGUGCAUAUCUUUUUUUAAUUAUUAAAUAAACAACUUGGAGGGAGUUAAAGCAA